AUGGUUCUUGCAAAAGGAACAUCCACAACAAAAAAGGGUUCUGAUCAAUACGUGCAUGGAAUGUCAUGCAUAUCCAUGAUCGAUCCAGUUCAGCCAGAGAUUGGCAAUGGAAAUGAUCAAAGUGAUGGGAGAUUUAUGGCUUGGAGAUCAGUGGCUGCAGAAAAGGAAAAAAAGGAAGAAGACGAAGAAGAUCAGUCAUCAUAUUCAAAGGUGGAGGCAGCUGUGGCAUUAUUGAAGAAUAAUAACAACAUUAAUAAUACUUGCAGUUCUUCAUCAACAUCUUCUAUUGGGAAGGAUAGUGACAUUAAUUCAGGCUGCUUGUCAAGGGGUAAUAAUGAUUGUGGGGAUGCUGAUGAGGUUCAAAGCUCUUACAAAGGCCCCUUGGACGCCAUGGAAGGUUUGGAGGAAGUUUUGCCUAUGAGAAGGGGUAUCUCAAACUUCUACAACGGCAAAUCAAAGUCAUUUGCAUGUCUAACAGAUGCUUCACCAAAUAUUUCAUCCAUCAAAGAACUUGCAAAGCCAGAAAAUGCCUACAUCAGAAGGAGAAGAAACCUGCUUGCUUCUUCCAAUCUCGUUUGGGACAGCAAGAACAAAAAUUCCCUUCUGAAAAGUAAUAGCGCCGGAAUCUCCAAGAGGGUUACCAACACAAACCGUUCAACUCUGGCUCUUGCUGUCACCAUGGCAAACAAUCAGUACCAUAAUAACUUCUUCAGUCAUCCCUACUCGACUUCUGCCAUUUCAGAUUUAUCCCCAGCUUUGCUGCUAAGAGCCCGACUCCAUUCUCAAUUCAAAGACAAUCAUCAAUUCAAUGGAUCAUCACCAUCCUUGUCUCCAAGAUUGAAUUUCCAACCAUGUAGAUCACUCUCCCUGGCAGAUUUACAACAUUGUGUUACACUAUCGGCCAUUGCUUGUACAGCUCCGCAGACUGAUAAACCCAGUCAGACAGAUACAGAUCCAUCUCAAACAUAG